AUAUUGGGCGUUGCCUAGCUGACUAUAAAUUCUUGAGUACACUUCCAUUGAGCUCCUGCACUCUUCACUGAAUCUCAAACCACCGCCUCUGCUUCUGUGUGUCCUGCACUCAUUUCUGCAGCCAUGACUGAGUUGGAGAAGAGCAUGGAGUCCCUGAUUAUGGUGUUUCACCGCUAUGCCAAAGAAGACGGCGAUGAAAUGACCUUAACCAAGAAGGAACUGAAAAAACUAUUGGAGGCAGAGUUACCCACCUUUCUGAAAGCCCAGAAGAACCCCAAAACUGUGGACUGCAUCUUGAAAGAUUUAGACCAAAACAAAGAUGAUAAGUUAGACUUUGAAGAGUUUCUUCCCCUUGUCGUCGGCCUCUCGAUGGCCUGUGAGAAGUGUUACACACUCCAUGAGAAGAAGAAGAGCAAGAAGUGAUGGCCAACUAUUAGGGAGAAUGACGAUGUAGAUUAUUUUACUAGAGUAAAAGAAUUUUGUAGCACAAAUGUGUGCCUGAUCACAAGUAAAAACAACCCUUGACAAAA